AUGCCGCUUUCACCACAUCUGCUAGCAAUUGUACACACCACGGUCCUCAUUGGGCUAGCAAAGUAUGAAUCGGGGCUUAUUACAGAUAGUGAACUUCAGAAUGAGAUUAGCCACUGUAUUUCUGUCAAUCAAUCAACCAAUCUUGAGAACAAAAUGUUGAUAGGAUUGGUGUUGUUUGAUAGCUUAUAA